GUGUGUGGAAGUGGGAUAGGAAACGGCAGAGGAGAAGGAUCGGCGAGAACGAAGAUCGGCUCGGGUAUAUACCGGUACACUAUUCUCGUAAGAGAACAAAACCACGCGGUAUCGUGACCAAGAUACACGACUUUGUUGUCCAAGUUAUUACUAUACCGAGCUUCGAUAUCGGAAAAACAUCAGGUUUAUAAAAAAACAACAAUCGGAGGGUUUUUGAAAGAGCGUUUACGGGUGUAACCUCCGUUUCGCUGGACACGAACGCAAAUAAAAGAAAAAAGGACGUUUAUUAUCCUCUAUUUUGUUUUGUGUGCCAGUGUGUGCGGUGGUACUUGCGCGCGGGCGCGUCUUGUCACGAUCGAUACGAAACGCGUGCUUUCCCCGCGAAACACACGCUCCUGAGGAUAUACAACAAAGUUGAGAUCCUACCGAGUUGUGCCUGAAAAAGCAAACUUGAAUCUUGACCAAUGAGCCAAGAAACGCUUCAAAAGCGUUCGUGAAAUUGCGUAAUCGAAUAAUUGAAAUAAAAUAAUUGUACGUGCAAAAAAAAAAGUUGCGCCGAGUGAAGAGGAAAAAUUGCAUCUUGAACGUCUCUCGGCGUCUUGAGAAAAAACCACGUGGAUAAAAGUGUCGACACUCGAGGGGGUUCGUGGUUCGAUGAGACACUCGUGAGUAAGAGAUUUCUUGGUAUUUAUACGGAGACGAGAAAGAUCAUUCGACGUCGAAGGAUAAAACCGGUGACGGAGUACCUUGAAGAAUGCUAAUAAAAUCGUGUUCUUCAAUUGUAAUACGGCGUGCCCCUUCGUACGAAUUAGGCAAAAGUGCAACGAUUGACAGUUAUACGAACAAUAAAUUCGGCGAGGAACGUCGUCGUUUCGAGUGCAGUCGUAAGCGAGUGAAGCGGGAACGCGGCAAUCUGCCGUCGCGGCGCUGCGUUCGCGCGGCGAGGCACUGAACAUAUAUAUUCUCAUGUAUAUAUAUCCUGUCUUCGCGUACGCGUACACAAGCGAGUAGGAUCGCACAGUAGAUCUCCUAAAAGCGUGCGUCCAUGGGAGCGAGUAGAUUGACAAUAACCGCGUUGUUGAAAUAAUCAAGUGAAAAGUUAUAUUUUUCAACGUAACAACGAAUUACGGAGACUCGAAUAUCGUCAGAGACAAUGGAUUCUUUAACCUCACCGAGAAAUGCACUAAUUUUGCCGAGUUAGAAAAACGUUUGUGGAAAAACGCGUGGUUCACGUGUGUGUCGUGUAUUUCGUUUAAACGUGUGUGAGUGUGCGCAGUAAGGGGUGACAGAGAGCACUAGUAGUAUACAUCGGCAUACAUCGUGUCGCAUGCGUGCGCGUGUUCGGUGCGAGAAAGCGCAGCAGUAGCGGCACCAACCGCCACCAGAAGAGUCUUGCGAAUAAAAAAAUAAAAAGCAAAAAAGAAAAUUAAAAGCAGCAUCGGAGCGCCGCAGCAUCGUGGUUGCGUGAUCGCCGCGACGCAUCGCGCGAUUAUAACCCGCUUCUCCUCGUCGUUUCUCCCGCGAAUUUUCGUCCCUUUUCUUUCCCUCCUUUUUUCCCGUCCAUUCGAGAAUCUCCAGCCUCGAAACGGGACCGAGAGCGCCUAUUGAAAAAGAACCUUCCUGCGAUAUCUUUCAGCGAAAUUUUUCGUCGCCACCGGAAGUACGAAGAGAGAUCAAAAUCUCGCGUUUGUUUAGUGCCCUCACGAAAUUUUUUUGGAUAUCGACGAGAACAGAGUUCUCUAUUUUAUUUUCAAGUGUCAUUUUUCGUAUAUAAUACAUCAUUAUGGACGAACAAGGGAGUGUAAACGUACUGGAAUUUCGGAUUCCCGUCCUCGUGGUGAUAACGUCCCUCGUUGGGGCAGUCGCUUUCUUACUCAGCUAUAUUGCCGGUCUUUUUCCGGGACGAAGUAGAGAUGUCGACUCUAACGAGGUUACGAAGAGCGGUGCGUUGGGUCGUAACGGGGAAGGUGACCGGAAUUCAGCGAACGUCGAUUCCUCAUCAAUCACAAAAUCCGGUACAACAACGAGUCUCAGUGCGAAUGGUAAUACAACGAGUGGAAAACGUGCUAAAAAUAAAAAACGUCGCGAGGCACAACAGGAGUUCGCGCACCCGUGGAUGGUAGGUGCUCUUAAGGGUCAUACCGGGCCUAUCCUCGACAUAAGUUUCUCCAGCAACGGCAAGUUCCUCGCAAGCUGUGCCGAAGAUUGCGACCUGGUGCCGGAAGAGGAACCAGAAUUCGGGGACGCCAGUAGCAGCAGCGGCGAGGGGGAUUACGUUCUCGAGGAAAAGUCACGUCGCCAAGGAAAUACCGUGGGUUCCGGAAGUUCAAGUCGUACGACGGGGAGCGUUGUUGUGACGAAUAGCAACGGCCGCAACAGCAGCCAGAGCAGCAGGAACAGCAACGAGCCACUCAUCUCGACCUCGAGUCCGUCUGUCAAGCAGCUCCAAAAGGUACGAUCCUCGUUAUCGUCCUCGUCGUCGUCGUCGUCGUCGCUGUCGCAAGUACCGAGCGAGGGUGUCACAGCCGUCACCGCUGACCGGACAAGCCUGAGUCGUCGUCAGAGGAAAAAUCGUACGCGAGCCCCACGAGAACAGCAACAACGUGCUCGUGAUCGCGACGAGGACGCUGACGAGUUGGUCACCGCUUCGAAACCGCGUCACCGACACCAUCAUCGCAUACAUCAUCAGCCUGAUGUUAAAUUGCGUCAUUGUCGCGACGAGAGCCCAGUCAGAACGGACAACUCCUCCAAGUGCAAUUCGAGCAAAGCGCGUCGUUCCAAAUCGCCGAGAAGCCCUAGAAAAUCUAGCGAAAAUCCAGAAGCGACGAUGAACAUCAAUAGACACCCUCUCAAGUCCUCGUUCAAUCCAUCGAACGUACAAAUUCCACGUACAAGGUAUCAACAUUCAAACGUAAACAUGAUUGUGAGAACAAUCCCGAGGAAUUACUUCGUGUACGUUAACAACGGUAUCGCCUGCAACGAUCUCUUAUCAACGAGAAAUCGGUUCGAUCGAUUGAGCGAAUCAGCUUUCGUUUGUCUCAUGAAGCGAUACGUACUUCCCAAGUCGCUGUGCAUUACGUACGGCUAUCCAAUUCAAUUCGAAAAUUUGCUCGAUUGCGUCUUCAUCAAACAUUAUCAACCUUCGACGAUCGAAGCGAACGUACGUUGGUACCGUCACUUGGACGUCAAUGCCCGGGAAUUCGUGCCGAGCAACAAAAACAGUGGUAAAUGCAGCGCGACAAAUGACCCCGAGAGGGUUUGGACCGCAGCGCCGGCGGAGUCCGAGAUUGACAGUGGCACCGGAAGCGGUAGCUCGGUCGAAAAUUCUGAUCAAGAACCCGAGUGUUCUUCCGACACUGAUAAGAACUCGGACGUCGGUGAAUCCUUCCCGCUAUCUUCGUCGUCGUCCUCCUCCUCUUCCUUGUCAUCGGGUUAUUCCGAAGAUUUGCGGCGAGAUUCAACGGCGGAAAUAAGCGAAGCACCCUUUCCUCCAGCCGUCAUGGAACACGAGUGCACGAGGUGCGGAAAAUAUUACAGCGAAAGCUGCGAAACACGAGAGUACACGAUGGAGGAAAAGUGCGUUUAUCAUUGGGGCAAAUUGCUGAAUUCGCAAGUACCCGGGGUGAAACCGAGGACGUGGGAAUGCUGCCAGAACACGGAAAACGUCGGUGGCUGUACGACCGCCUCGAAGCACGUUUGGUCGGGAUUGUUGCCCGGUUACAACGGCCCUUUCUACGAUUACGUUAGAACAAGACCGUCUCAGGUUUUCGCCGCGGACGGUAAUUACGGGGUUUAUGCAAUUGAUUGCGAGAUGUGUUUCACCAGAUUGGGCCUCGAAUUAACCAAAGUUACCGUCGUCAGUCUGACCGGAGCAGUGGUUUACGACACCCUCGUUAAACCUCGCGACAAAAUAAUCGAUUAUAAUACUCGAUUCAGCGGCAUCACCGCCGAAAUUAUGGCACAAGCGACCAAAACGCUCCCCGAUGUGCAGCGAGACAUAUUGAGCUUCAUACACGCCGAGACUGUCCUCGUUGGCCACGGUCUUGGCAAUGACCUCCGUGCACUCAAAAUUGUUCAUGGUAAUGUCAUCGAUACCACAGUCAUCUACCCCCACGUGAGGGGCUUUCCCAUACGGAGGAGCCUCAAAGCCAUCGCUAGGAGCGUACUUGGCCGAGAGAUACAAGUGUCCAAGCACGAUUCGGUUGAGGACGCGAGAACGGCAAUGGAAAUAACGAUCGCCAAACUGUGGUCGGACAUCUUCUAGGAAGCUUCGAACAACCUUGCGGACGUUAAGGCUAAUUUUAUUCUUCUCCGCUUCGACGAAUGACUCGAAAACACUCUCAAAUAUUUGAUUAUCAUUGGACAAUGACUCUUGUGCUCAAAUGCUCAAAAAUUUAGCAACGAUGAAAGAGAUUGAGAAUGUAGAAAAAUAGAAAAAGAUUAUUGAUGGAAUAUUGUCCUCGCCACUCGCGCUCCCGCCAGUGUUCGUCAGUUCCAAGUGAAAUCUGUGAUACGUUUUACAUAUAUACAAUCACCAUUGCCGCGUACGCGCGGCCUUUGUCACGAGCUCAAACUUCACCGGCGAGAUCGACGUAAAAAUCGAGAAAAUCAGCGAAAAAAUUAGACAAUCUGUUCGCCCGAGGAUAAAACGAACAGUUUCCGUCCUUCUUUUUAUCGCUGCUCGGUAAAGCGUUCAUUUUUCAUGCUUCUAAAUCUCGCGCGUACUCGAAACUUCAUCGACAGAAUUCAUCAUCGUAUCAUCCAUCCUUCAUAUUUUACUCAAUUGUUAAGAUAAACGAUUACAGAAACCAAAUGAAAGAGGAGACACAAUAAAUAACUCUUUUAGCUCGUAACUUCAUGGAUUUGUACAUAAACAUUUUUUCGGAGAAAAGGGACUUAUUUCGUUUCCCUGGUCGUCGCGCGGACAUCCCACCGCCGGGGAAAGUGCGAACGUGUCAUUGAUUACCGUACGCUCGUUCUAGUAGUAGUUUAAGCGCUGUGCACGCCGAGGAGAGACCAAUAAAUAUCAAUUCAUCAAUGAAAAUCAUUCGAAAUAUACAAUAAUCCAACUCGAAAGAGGACUCUAAAUGAAUUUUCUUCUCCGGUUAUCUCUAAACAUCAAUGUAUAUAAACCGCAUUUGUACAUACACAAUUUUCAUUCGAUGCACUUUCAUUAUCGUUCUCUCUCUCCUGUGGACAUAUGGCAUUGUAUUUAUCCAAGUGUAUCGGUAGACAGCGUAUGCGAACGACAUCAGAAUCAAUCCAAUAUCAUCAAAUUGGCUCGAAUUUAUGCCACGUAAUAAUGGUCAAUAACGAGAGAUCCGUAUACAUAUGAAAAUAUUGGUAUGAAAAUUCAAUUUCUAAUAAUUUUACCAAAUACAAAAAUCAAAUGUCAGUUGCACUGUUUUCAUUUUGUUGAGAAAAUCAUUGUGUAAACAAAGACUUAACGGUUUUCAUAUACUUUUUAAUGAAGCAUGUAAAAUUACGUAUCGAUUGUUUGUUUUAUUAAGCCAAAGUUGUAAAACUUAAUUCUUUUCACGAUUUUAUAAAAUCUUUACCGUCCGUUUUUAUUCGAUUAUUGGAAAAAAUCGUCGCAGCGCCGUUACCGUUGAUACACGAUCGAAAAAACUCGCUUUUACAUUAAGAAAAUAUAAAUUUGACGUAAUUAUUGCUGUACAAAGUUAGAUUUUGUUUUGGACGUUUUCAUGCUUUUCAUUUGUUUUUUCGAUUACUCCUCUCUUGACGCACUCCAGGGUAUUCGUUAUUACAAAAGAAAAAUAAAAACUUACCGUUUCUCGUCAUCCCGAGAGGAGGAGAAAAGCUUGAAAGACCAAUUUCAAAGAAGGAAAGAGGAAAUAAAGGAAAAGCGUGAAUAAUAAUAAUAAUAAUUGUAAUAAAAAUAAGGAUAAAAAUACGGCUGUGCGCUUUCUCGACGAAUCUCAUGUCGCGCCGGAGCACGGCGCGCAGUCUCACUUUUACACAUAUCGAAUGUUUGUAUGAAUCUUGGCGAGCGUGAUUGAAUGCGUGUGGCUCUUCAAAUACGUAUAAAUAGUACAUAUUCAUUGUACAUAUGUACAUACAUCAUGUUUGUCGAACGCCCUGAGUUCGAAUCUAAUUAAUGUCACGACGCUGAAGUUUGCAACCUCGCAAUCCAACGAAAUUAACGAAAAUAAUAUUUGUAAUUACCCAUUUUUUAUUUCACGAAUCAUUAGUCCCGACUGAAAACCUACGAAUUGCAAAUUAAGCACGUUAGAAAAUUGGAGAAUUACUGGAAUUAUUGGAGACUUUUUUCACAUAAUUUUGUUGGACUGCGACGUUGCAGACUUCAGUGUCAUAUGAAUGUCGAGGGAUGACUCGCCCCGAAUCGGCCGAUGCCCUCUUUUUUGUCGAGAGUCGUUCGAAAUCGAACUCGGAGAACGAUUAUUUCCGAUUACAUUUAUUUUUCAUCCAUUUUUUUUACAUUCUUACAUGUUUUUCUUUAACGAAAAAACGACGAAAAUAGAGAAAGGUACAAAGAAAGUCGCCGUUACUCCCUCUGCGAAUGGAGAAACGGAAUGAUAUCUGUAUAUGUGUGUGAAAUAAAAAUUCAUAUUAUACGUA